AUGGAGCAAGAACCAGAUCCGUACUCUUACCACGCACACCCAUACCAAGCUCCACCUCGCGCCGAUCCAGCCACCUUGCCACCUCUCGCCGUACCACGUCCCUUCCGCCUCUGCAACGUCAGCCACGAGGAACGCGCAACAUGGUGCAUGCAAACAGCCUACGAGCUCGCGCUACUCAAAAACACCGCUUUCCACUACGGAGACGCCUAUAGCAAAGUCGUGGCGGUCGAGGAGACGAAACUCGUUCUCACUAACAUUAUCGAGAUGAAUAGUAAGGGCAGGAGCACGCUGGCCGCUAUCUUGGAGGCGAUGGUGGGGCUGGACAAAUCGAUGUGGAGCGUGGUUAUGGAGGAGGAGGUGCGGAAUGAGUUGGCGAGUGUGGUGAGAUUUGAUGGGCAUUGUAGGGCUAGGUUGGUGGCGAUGAAUAUCAUCAUAGAGAAGAUAGCAGAGACGCAACAGAUGAUCGCUGUUACUGAGCAGAGAGCUAUCACGGAGCAGAGAGCUAUGGCCGAACAGAGGGCUAUGACCGCCAACCCUUGGGCCCAAACGUGGAGUAGUACAGAAGGUCCCGAGAAUUCCGAGGUGUUGUCACCAGAACAAGAGCCAGUAGAAACAGAAGAUGAGAGAGCGAAUGCCAUCGAGGGGGAGACGGAAGCACCGGCAGAAACAAACGUCGUUGAGGCAGAGGAGGCUCUGACAUAUCGAGGCGGCGGAUCUGAUAACCAGCAUGCCAACACUGAGAAGACUGAAGACGUGGCACCCAGUGAAACGGCGGCAGCAGAACGAACGCCACGAAGCCACUGGAGGCCGCAAUUCGGAAGCAUGUCCUUGGCUGAGGCGGAGAAUUAUUCGAGUUGGCGCGGAAGCCGAACUAUCUAAGAGGGUAACCUGGCUGUUUGGCUUGGCAUUGUUGUUUGGUAUGAGUGC